AUGAUCAACUUCAACUCUGCAGUGCAGCAUACCGAGCUGAAGUUCAGCCGCAUGGCCCUCGACGCUUGCGAGAUAUGUCGUCCAUUCUGGCUCCAGGUCAGUGAGGACGAUCAAACUAGGCUGAGAGAGUUCGACGCCGUUUGGACUUCACGCCCGGCAGCUGGCGGUGCAAAGUCCAGAACACCUGGGCAAAAGUUGGAUGAGUUUGACGGUUUAGUGACCAUGGGCGCCGUAAUGCUUCUCGAAGAACCUAGUCUGAAAGCAAUUGGAUCCGACUUGAUGGUCUCCAUUUCAUUUGAGUCGGGAUUUACGGAGGAAAUUCACUUUGAUCACAAGAAUGUCUCCGGCACAUACGUGGUACAGAGAGGUGAUUACAAGGACGCCGGAAAGAUGAUGCCGUUCUCUAGCAACAGCACGGACUCUGAGGAAGCGUGGUCUAAAGCGACUUCAUGGAUGCAAGCUUGCCUGUCUACUCACACGGCUUGCAACGUUGAACUGAAAGCGGAGCCGUGGUAUCCCACACGGUUGCUCGACCUUAAUGCUGGUUGCGGAGGCAUAGAUAUCGUCCGUCUGGUGAUCACGGCUGAGCAUCCGCCUUCGCACAAUGAUCGGUACGCAACCUUGAGUCAUUGCUGGGGUUCUGCUCAGUUUCUGCAACUGAAGAAGGUCGCGUGCGAGGAUUUCCAAAGAGGCAUCGAGCUCUCCAAACUCCCCAAGACUUUCCGUGAAGCCAUCAAAGUCACUCGACGGCUGGGCGUGCGGUAUCUCUGGAUUGACUCGCUUUGCAUAUUCCAAGAUCGAGACGAUCUCUCUGACUGGCUUGUCGAAGCGGGUUUGAUGCAUAAAGUCUACUUGAAUUCUUUCUGCAACAUAUCCGCAGCGGGGGCGCGCGAUAGUUCCAAGGGCCUUUUCUUCGAGCGGGAUCCGAGAGUGAGCCUGAAUGUCGAUAUGUGCCUCAACACGGAGGGAUUUGGACUAGGAACGGAGUACAUCGACUGCAGCAUCGUCGACUUGUCAUUUUGGGACCACGGUGUUGGCCAGUGUCGUCUCAAUAAGCGCGGCUGGGUUCUUCAGGAGCGUCUGCUUUCCCCACGUGUGCUCCAUUUCGGCUCCGAUCAACUCUUCUGGGAGUGUAGAGAGCAAGCUGCGGCCGAGUGUUACCCAGAGAGGAUGCCAGAAAUAUUGGAAAACGGCGUCCCGAUGAAGUUCAAGAGACUCAGCAAAGUUGUUUACGGCCCCGAUGCGAUGUCGCAAGAGAGAGAGCCCGACGACCCCACCUUUUAUUACCGAAUUUGGGAUCGAAUCGCGAGAGCCUAUGGUAGCACUAGCUUGACUGUGGCCUCUGACAAGUUGCUGGCUCUAUCCGGGAUAGCGCAACACUUCGAGACUUUAAUUGACGAUACCUAUGUCGUUGGGAUGUGGCGGAAGCAUCUGGCCCGCAAUCUGCUCUGGCACGUUGAUAAGGAGACUCAGAUUGACGGCUCCCCAUCAGCCCGGCCCGAGGUGUAUAGGGCCCCAUCAUUCUCUUGGGCCUCGGUCGAUGGUAAAAUCGCGACGGGGCCCCUAGACCAAUCGAAACUACUCAUUGAUGUUGAAGGUGUCCAUAUUGAGUACGUGUCAGAAAACACCUCGGGAUGCUGCGUGCUGCCUUUCGAAAUGGUCAUGAGAACCAUCGGUCAACAUCAGUUUCUUUAUCUGAAAGUCAACGGCGCUAUCGUCAUUGCUUCUAGCAAAGAUGAGAGUAAUAAAUGCUUCGACCACGAGAACACCACAGGAUCGCUGUAUUACGUUGUUGCACAAGAUCAGGAGAAGCUCGAUGGCUUUGUCAGGUGUCUAAUACUGAUGGCAGUAGACGAGGAGAGGAAAACUUUCAAGAGGAUUGGGCUUGCAGUGACCAAUGAGGCAGAAGAGAUAGAGAUGCUGCAAAGUGCGACACACGUCGCCGAUGAAACCCCAUCGAACAACAGCGAUCUUCAUGGAACUAGAACGAUACGAAUCAUAUGA